AGGCAAAAGCGAAAUCCAUGGCGCUGUCGACCGCGGAGAAGAAGACGGCCGCGGAGAUGGUCGCGACGCUGGAUCUGCACCGCCACCCCGACGGCGGCUUCUACCUGGAGACCUUCCGCGACUCCUCCGUCGCGCUCCCAAAGUCCGCGCUCCCACCCCAAUAUAAGGUGGACCGUGCUGUGAGUAAUGCAAUCUAUUUCCUGCUACCUGCUGGGGAGAUUGUUCGGCUUCACCGCAUGCCUUGCGCUGAGACAUGGCACUACUACAUGGGGGAGCCUCUCACGGUAUUUGAGGUGCAUGAUGAUGGGCAAGUCAAAAUGACAGUCGUCGGUCCUGAUCUACGAGCAGGGCAGAGGCCGCAAUACACAGUCCCUCCGAACAUGUGGUUCGGUGCCUUCUUGACCCACGACAUAGAGUCCUUUACCGCAGAUGGCAGUGUUUUCGUCAAGACACCUGGAAGGAACCCUGACCUGCACUAUUCCUUCGUCGGAGUGACCUGCGCUCCGGCAUUCCAGUUCGAGGACGAUGAGAUGGCCACCCGCGACGGCAUGAAAACUUUGGGUGCUAAAGCAGAAGCUUUCAUCAAUUACCUUGUUCCGUCUUAGUGCAAUUGCUGAUGCAAG